GGUGGCAUGGGGAAGAAACGCACCGCCCCGAACGAGACGACGCCAGUGAUAUCGGCGGUGCCGCUCGCUGUCCCUGUCAGUGAAGCUUCUUAUGGCACCCUUUCGACGUACUACACUGUCCCGGAGGAGCGCAAGCCAGACUGCUUCUGGUUUGCAGUCACGAGUCCGUUCCAGUGGCUGACUUGGAAGAUGGCGAUGUUUCACACUGCCAACUUGCUCCUGUCGGUCGUUGCUUUUGGUGUCAUUUCGUUUUGUCUCUCGCUGGGGCUGGCGCUAUUGCCUCUAUGCUGCAUCGGCGUCGUCGUGUUCAAGUUCCUCAUGUACCUCGUCUACUUCAUCGCUCAGGCGGACGCGUUGUUGUACAACGUGAUUGCUCCGACCCAUCAGCACAUUUCGGUCGGGUUUUCCUGUCCUCGCGGUGGAUUCGCGUAUGAAGGCAUCCGUGUGACGCCGGCAUUGACCACGUUUUCGCGUGACGGGCUCGUUGCGAUCAUGUACUACCUCUUGGUCAAGUUUCCUUUGGCCAUCUUGUUUAGCGGGUCGCUGCUUAUGCUUUUCUCUGUGGCUAUUUCCUUCAUCUCGUUCCCGUGGACGUUUCCGGCGCAAUGGGACUUCGAUGGAGCCGAUUUUCAACUCCUGGGCCGACCCAUCACUGAAGACGACGCCCCGUAUAUGCUUGUCGUGGGUGUGCUGUUUCUAUAUCUCGCCAUCUUCGUUCUGCACAUGUGCGCGCGCAUCGUCCAAUCCAUCACCAGAUUCUGCACGUGCGAGUACUUCAGUGUUUUCGGGUACGCGCACUCAAACCGCGGCUUCAGCUCUGGCCAGCCCAUUCAGGGCCAGCAUACUUUGUACGUGCAGAUUUAGCUCUCGACGAGUGCAUGACACAAUGUCUUGGCGCAAUAAGCAGUGUCAUUCUCAUAAAUAAUGUUGAAUUUUGACACUGUAUUUUCAGCCCA